AUGGCGCUGGCAUCCAACACGUCCUCACCCUCGAGGUCCACCUCGAGCACCUCUCCUUCCAAAAGGGCGAGCCCAUCUGACGUCAUCUUUGCAAAUAAUCACGUCCAAGAUGUUUCACCUUCCAUUGGUACUGUACUCGGGGGUCUGGCAGGCUCGAGCGGUAUGCGUCGAUCCAUUACCGAAGAGCUGGGGCUUAUUGCGGAUGCUCGCAAGGACCGGUCGAGGUCUGCCUCGGCUUCCAGAUCGAGGGAGCACAGCAUUGCACCCGCAUCAGCCGUCGCUGGGGCUCGAAUGGGCAGCGAUGGGCUUUCAGCCAGAUCUGGGGGAGCAGCAAGCGGAUACGCACCAGGCUCGGGCUCCAUAACUUCUGCACCUGCCUCAGGGUCAGGCUCGGGCAGCUUGGGAGCAUCUUCGAACAUGGGCAGCGGGAGCGUCAGCAAUGGCGGGGAAAGGAGGUCUGCAACCGCGUUGGGCAGCACUACGACACAUCGCACAACGCCGCCGUCCGAAAAGGCAAAGCCAGCAUCCACUGCUUCAACUAGCAGUCUGGCUGCGACUGGGGAACCAUCGACCAGGGUUCUACCCGGCUCUUUCGAAGAUGCACAGCCAGACGACGUUAUCGUACUCGUAGGUGAGUAGUUGUGAUGAGGGAUCAGAUGCUUUCUCGGGGCUGCCUACAGUCACACAAAGCUGAGAUUGGUCCGGAAAUGUUCUUGACAUCCAUCUCGCACCGCUCAGCGGACAUGCUCACGCGAUUGACAACACACAAUGAUCAGCUGCCGCUGCAUCCAUCUGCCUUGACUCGGUUCCACUCGAGGGCGACCCCCGCAAUCAGUAUCGAAUCGUACUUACACCGCAUCGCCAGAUACACCUCUUUGGACAAAUCUUGCGCCCUCAUUCUGCUGGUAUAUAUAGACAGGGUAUGCGAAAGGAUGGAGGGCUUUACAGUAUGCAGCCUCACCGUGCACCGCUUUGUGUGCGCUGCAGUUGUAUGCGCUUCGAAAGCUUUGUGCGACGCCUUCAGCACCAACGGACACUACGCCCGCGUAGGAGGCAUUUCCCUCAUCGAGCUCAACAUGCUCGAGAAAGAGUUGCUGAACAUCAUCGAUUGGAGACUGACCUGCAGUGGGGUGCUCUUGCAGCAUUACUAUUCCUCGCUCGUCAGGUCGCAUCCAGAUUUUCAACUUGCUGCUGAGCCAGAUACUAUGGAUUUCAUCAUGCACAGCGCCGAGGAUCUCCAAGCGGAAGCUCGAGGAAUCUCCAGCAUCAGAGACGAGGAGGACGAAACGAUGGAUGACGCUGUACCUACCAAGAAGGUGAUCAGUAAAGCAAAUUCACGGCCCUCUGAGCGCUCGAGUGCCUCUGGGACGGCUGCAGCAGGAGACGCGCAUGAAACCUUCACGAGCACGCCAAGCGCACCGACACAGACCACCAAUGCUGCUUCCUCGGUGAGUCUAAGAUUGUUCACAGGCUCGCAAACGCAGGCUUGCGCGGGUCAAUUAACACUAGGAUGUGUUUCAUUGCUCUUCCUGGUCAGCGCAGUACUAGUGAGGAAGUGACGUCGCCAGCGAGCCAUCAGGUGAAAGCUGAAGCUUCAAACUCAGCUGUGCGGCAAUUUCUCGCGCCGAAAAGUGGGCCUCAAAUUCAUAUUUGGGCUGUCGACGUCAGCGAGCACUCCGCUCUACUCUUCCGUGGCGGCGAUGCCAAAGAUGUCGCUGCGGAGCUGCUGCCUGAUGAAGAAGCUCGAUCAGUCGCGCGAUUCGUCCGACAUGUGGACCGAGCACGUGAGUGGAAGAUGUCUUCGGGUACGCUGCUGCGGGGAACAACUGUUCUCACGCGAUGGCAUUGCGAUUCACUCACAGGAAGCCUUGUGGGCAAAUUACUGGUUCGCUUGGCCAUGAGCACCCUCAUCGAUGAGUGCCGAGUCGCAGGUUGGUCUCGAUUGCGCUUUGAAAAGGAGGCCGAGGGGAGGCCUUUCUUGGUGAGCCAAGGGAUAGCAGCUAGACCGAUCUCGAGUUGGUGCUGACGGUCCUGUGAACCCGUUGCAGGCACAUCCAUUCGUACAAAAGCUGGACUACAACAUCACUCAUGACAGCGACUGGGUUGCGCUUGCCAUCCAGGCGCCCGCCUGGGAUUCCGUCGAUCGGAUCGAUUCAAAGGUCGGCAUCGACGUCAUGGAACUAUCCCUGCCUCACUUUGAGCCCAACAUCCACAGCUUCGUCGGCACAAUGGAGCUCGCUUUGACAGCACGAGAAUCGCACUGGAUUCUGCGCGCACUUGAACAGCGAGUCAAUGCGCCAAACACAGAGGCUGAAGCUCUGCGACGAUUGUACGACCUCUGGACGCACAAGGAAGCGUACACAAAGGCCAUCGGAAAAGGGCUCGGCUUCGACUUCACCCGACUUGAGUUGCGACUGUGGGAUUGCAUUGCGGCUGAGCCACGAGCUACGAAAUCGCCAUUGGUGCAGCCUGAUCUUGCAGCCAAACAAGCCCUCAUUGCAUCCACCGACCGGGCGAAUCGCCGGGGUGACAACAUUCUGCACAGCGAUGGCGUCGUUGUGCCACACUAUAGCUUCACCGAGUUGCUUCUUCCGCCAGGCAAAGCACACGCACUUCGCAGAGAGGAUGCCGCACCACACUUGGCUGAUCUGAAAGCUGGAGAGGGCACCGGAGCACCCAGUCAGCUCGUUCUCGCCUGUGGCCCACUUGUCGGGUCCGAGGCUCGAGCCAGCCAAUCGAGCAGCUCUCAAAUCGCACCUACUGUCGAGCUGGAGCUCGCCAAAGCGCAGGGCUGGUUCAGGAGCUUUACUCUGGAUGAGAUCAUUACGGCUAGCCGGACGGCUGCUCGAUGCUGA